AUGCAAUUCAGCUGGCCAUACCCUGAUCCCGAGACCAUCGAUGGUUACUGGGGCAAGCCAACCGCUUUAAUAGAUUGGUGUGAAGAGAAUUACGUUGUGACUCCAUAUAUUGCAGAAUGGUGUAACACUAUAACGAACGCUGCUUUUUUGGUGGUUGCUUUUUAUUGUACUUAUUCUGCUUACACGAACAAAUUGGAGAAAAGAUUUAUAUUCAUUGGUCUUGGUUUCUCCUUGGUUGGUAUCGGCUCUUGGCUUUUCCACAUGACUUUGCAAUAUCGCUUCCAAUUGUUGGACGAACUGCCAAUGCUUUAUGCUACUGUUAUACCAUCUUGGAGUAUCUUUGUUGAGAACCAGGAGAACUUGAUUAAAAAUGUCGAUGAACGUAAGGCUAAAUCCCUCAGAAUUCAAUUUAUUUAUUCCGCUUUACUGUUCGGAUUUGUGUCUAUUUUAACUUGGCUAUACAUUGUGGUCAGAGUUGUUGAAAUCUUCCAAAUCUUAUACGGUGUCCUGACAGUUAUGGUCGUCAUAGCUUCUGGUAUCUUAACAUACAGAGAUGUUCAUGAUCCCGUGGCAAAGAGAAAUUUAUUUACCACUAUGUGCUUAGGUAUUGUACCAUUUGUCCUUGGCUUUAUCUGCUGGCAAUUAGAUAUUCACCUGUGCUCAUUGUGGAUCCACAUCAGAAGGACGUAUUUGGAACUACCUUUAGGCAUUCUCCUAGAACUUCACGGCUGGUGGCAUUUAUUGACCGGUACUGGUGUAUACAUCUACGUGGUGUACUUACAGUACUUGAGAGUUAUGACGCAAGGUAGGGGUGACGACUACAUUUUCAUUUACAGAUGGAGUUUCUUCCCAGAACUGGUUAAAAAGGGACUAACUGUAAGAACUCCAUAUUCUCUUGAGUUCUGGGGACCAAGAGCCGACGUGAAAGCGACAAAAAAAGAAUGA